AUGAGCCUCGGUCAUCUUCUCUCUUGUUUCUUACUCUUCGCAGCUACAGUGCUACUUCUCAUUGCUACCCUCACAGCACCUAUCUGGCACACGAUCGGUUUUUUGACAGUCCGUAAUGCAGGGGUCCAAUCGGUUUUUGGGACGUUUGGAUAUUGUUUAUCAGGGGGCCCAAAUGACGGGUGUUCAAACACCGCCUUAGGCUAUGACAUAGCUUCCAUAUCUGGCGCCGUUUCAGAUUACACUUACAUCAAUAAUCAUCUGGAUGAUGUCACAAAAGCUUUAAUCUUACAUCCUAUAGCGUGUGGUUUAUCAACAAUCACAUUCCUUACAACUCUCAUAUCUCAUCGAACAAGUUUCCUAAUCUCAUCUUUCUUUUCCAUAUCAACCUUCAUCGUAACCUUCGUAGUGAUGAUAAUCGACUUUGUUUUAUUCGGUAUGAUCAAAUAUGAAAUCCGACAUAAUACAACUGGUACUGCUGACUACUCCACCGGCGUGUGGUUAGUAUUAUCUUCCACCAUCGUAUUAUUCUUUUCCACUUUCAUUUUGAUAUUCGAAUUCUUCCUUGAAAUGGGAUGGGGUAUGAUCAUGGAUCGAUCAUUUCUGAAAGAGGGAUUACGGAGCCUGAACCUGCUGUGA